AUGAAAGCCCACGCCCACCCUGCCUCGUCACCCAUCCUACAGCGCGCCCUGAAAUCCGCUUUACCAUACAGCGUCAAUCUCGUCUACAGAAUCCAACACCCCAACCGGACUGAGCACGCCCACAUCAUCGCCACGUUCCCUCCAUCAGCCUCUGAAAUCCCAGAAUGUUGGGCAGCGGCAUACCUGGAUCGCUCCAUGCGGCCAGAGACAGAACUAUGGGUCUUCAGUAGCGCAGAACAGCCUCUUCGCUCAAACUUGACACCAAAAUUUCGACAGGAGGAUAAGAAGGCGGUGAUGGCAUUAUUGGACUAUAUGGCUACACUCUCCACCCCACCGAUGCGCUCCGAUAAUCUGCCUGCUCUGGAGUUGGCAAAGCAGCACGAAGAAGAACAUCCAACACCGCCAGCUGAUGGCGUAUACAAAUUAUCACCAGGAACAUAUAUGCGUCAUCUCCUUAUGCCGAAGGUCGUUACGUUAGGUGCGGUCCAUUGCGAUGUAGUCAAAAUCCUUCGCGAAGCAGGAGUUCUACGAGAUGAGCUUCCGGGACCCGAUGCCGAGUUGAACAAGUUCUUGUUUAAGCUCUCUGAUUUACCAGAAACGCGAGAGCUGCCACAGGGCUUGCGAUGGGGGGACAUGCGCGAGCAAGACAUCGACCUUGUCAAGGCCCGAACAACUAUCCCACGGACAACGAAGACACUGAUGUCACUAAAGAGUGUUGGAGUGUUUGAAGAAGAAACAGAUACUGCUGUAGCGUGGACAUUUCUCGGAUUGGAUGGAUCUCUUGUUACCUUACAUACAGAAGAGGCGUAUCGAGGCAAGGGAAUAGCGAAGGCUGUUGCGGCAAAGUUGUUCCGACAACAUGCGCCAGGAUUAGCAGUAGACCACGGCGGGAAUGCAUGGUCGCACGCGGAUGUGUACACGGGCAAUGUACAAAGCGAAAGCGUGUGCAAAAGCUUGGGAGGCAAGGCAUUGUGGAAGUGCUUCUGGGUGCGUAUAGACCUAGAAAAGGCGGGAUGUCUGGCGAAGACUGGGUGA